AUGCAGGACAAGUUAAUGACGACGACCCAAGCGUCAGCUGGGGGUUCUACAAUACAGAACCUUGCUCUGAAAGCGACGCACCCGUGCAAAAAAGACUCACGAUCCGUCUCGUGGUGUCGCAUGGCUUGCGACAUUGCAGUCGGAGGCGAAGCAACGGUCCGUGUCUUGCGAGCAGCAGCCUCGCUCUGUGAUGCGCAGACGUGUCCUGGCACAAUCGAGAGCAGGAGCGGAGUCUUGUGUCGAUCCUUCGUCGGCAUCGUCAGCGAGUUGCGGCCGUUGGCUUCGGAAGAGACAGAGCUCACGACGGUUGAUCCUGUCAAGGUGUUGGACAGGGUCGUCGCGUCGCCGUAUCUCAUGCGACCGCUCCUUCCUCCAGACGAGCAGCAAGGCCAGACUGAUUGCAAUGACGAUGCAUUACUUCAACGAUCAACUUGCAACUCUUCGUGCGUCUUUGGCAUCGGUGCUUCGAGCGGGACACUUGCAGAAUACAUUGUGCUGCCAGUCGCGAACCUGGCUGUCGUCCCUCCUAGUAUCCCCGACGACCUGGCACUGCUGGCUGACGACGUCUCUGUCGUCCUUUCGAUCGCCAGUGAGUUGCAGCGACGGCACGUGACUAACGUUGCGAUCUUAUCGGACGGACCUGCGACGAUCCUCUCCAAUUUGCUGACAAGAUUACUGCACCAAGACAUGCAGUUUCCAGCGCAAAAGCUCCACGUUUUCUCCGCGUCAGCCACCUGUAGCAGCACCAUCUGGUCACAGUACGCUUCUGUCACUCCUCUGGAUAUGCACGAGCCUGCUGACAUGGACCAUUUGAUUGCACGGCAGACUGAGCUGGCACUUGACGCUGUCGUGGAUCUCAUCGGCUCCAAAGCUUCUGCCGAGCUUGCGAUAUCGCUGGUGCAGUCCAUGGGCUGCGUUGUUUUUGUUGACAGGUCGCGACUGGAGCUGCGCCCACCAUCGCUUGUCGCCAUGGACAUGAAUGCUGUCGUUGUUCGGGAACUGGAGCUCGUGAGCGUUCCCAACUGUCGCGGCUGCCUCGACGACGCGCUGCAGUACUUGGUCACACAGAGCGAAAGUCAGCAGAGCACAAGGGAGCUACGCACGUGUCUGCUCGACGACGUGGUGCUACAACAGGCGCUUUCGCAGCUCCAGGCACGUCCAGAGCAAACACUGGAAGGUCAGUAUUUACAAGUACGAAGAUGUUGA